UGAGACGUUUACAAACAUGAUGGAGGACAACGCAGCUGCAGCACUCGACAACAUUGUAACAGAGUUUCACACUUAUGAGGACUUCCUUGACUCACAGAUCACAUCUUUGGAUUUAUAUUAUUUAGAGGAUGAGGAGUUGGCUCGCCAGCUUGUAGAACUGGGCUACAGGGGAAGUGGAGAGGUCCUGAAAAGGGAGGAAUUUGAUGCAAGAAAAGCAGCUGCAGAAGCCUCAAGACUCUUUAAAAGAAGCCAGCAAAAGACACUGGCAAGUGCAGGAAGAGAACUCAAAGAUAACUUCCUGAAAGCCCUGGCACAGCGAGAGGAGGCCAACCGCAGUGGAAAAAUAACUUCUAUCAUUUUCAUAAGGGACCGAAAUUCUCAUGGACAGGAAAUAUCUGGGUAUAUAGACUACUCCCACAGACUUAAAACUGAAGAAUUUGAACCAUACUUCAGUGGAAAGAAAAGACUUCUGCCAAGACUGACUGAUUUAAGUUUCUACAACUGGGAAACCCAUGUUUCAACAUCAAAUCCUAGUCCAAACUACCACGUGAUGGCAGAGAAUUCAAAUGGGUUGCUUUUUAAGAACAAAAGAGACAGAAAAAUACUGAAUGUGGAUCCAAAGGCAUCACCUGGUGAUAAUUCUGCAAGAACACCAAUCCAAUCAGACCUCUACAUUCAAGUUGUCAUUUAUGAUCACAUUACUAGGAGGAAAACUUAAGGUUCCUGUGAUUAGAUUUUCAAAUACCAUCCAUUAACACAUUGUGAACCAAUCAAAUUAAAAAUGUGGUGAUAAGCUUGAGAAGCCUUCCAUUUAAUAUGUACUGAAGCAUUUUAAAACACAACAAAUGAAAAUUUGAAACAACAACAUGUGUUAUGUUUUAAUUCUUCUUAUUAUGCAUGUAAGUUCACUGAAGCCUUCUUUUCGUACAGCGUCUAUUUUUAACAAAACAUACACAUUUUUAGGAGCUGAAAUAUUAUAAAACAUACAGGUUUUUAAAUGACUGACUUAAUGUCUGUUGAAUUGUUAUGUUCUGAAAAGUAAUAAAAAUGUUCAAAAUGU